AGUCAGAAUGGUUUAGUUUUCCAUCGGUGGAGGUCGCCAGCUGUACUGUGCUGGGCUUAUCCAUACUUACUUCCAAGAGUGCCGUCGAUGGGUUUGACUCAAAGCACAGACGCCCACCUAUCCGCUCUCUCCGACUCACUUUCCACUGAGCGCUUCAAAAUGGCGGCCGCUUCAUCCAUCCAGCCGCCGAGCGUGCACGGGAUAAAGCGGGACAAUUCACCUCACCCGGAGUCCGACAGCCCCGUGAGCCGACAUGAGGAGGACGCAGCAUCCGAGGGGACCACCAUCCUCAGAGACCUACCGGAGCUCGAGCCCGAGGAGAUCGAGAAGCGGCUGGAGAAAACUCGCAGAGAGCUGAGCAACAGGAGGAAGAUCCUUAUUAAGAACCUGCCACAGGACACAACCAACCAGGAGGUCCAUGAAAUUCUGCGCGAGUAUGAGCUGAAAUACUGUUUUGUGGACCGGAACAAAGGAACAGCUUUCGUAACCCUUCUAAAUGGUGACCAAGCACAGGAUGCCAUCCGAACUCUGCACCAGACAUCAGUCCGAGGCCGUGACAUCAACGUCCAGCUUCAGCCCACAGACUCUCUCCUGUGUGUCACCAAUCUGCCCUACACUGUCACUGCCACUCAGUUUCAGGAACUGGUGCGAUCCUACGGCAACAUCGAACGCUGUUUCCUGGUGUACAGUGACCUAACAGGCCACUCCAAAGGCUACGGGUUUGUGGAGUACAUGAAGAAGGACUCAGCUUCCAGAGCACGGUCUGAACUCUUGGGCAAGCCAAUGGGCGACCGUGUUUUAAUGGUGCAGUGGGCUGACGUCAACCAGCUGACCUCUGCUGACCACCUCCACUCCAAGUGCCUAUGCGUGGAUCGACUGCCAUUGGACUUUGAGGACUCGGAGGAGCUGGCUCACAUUUUUUCAGAGAGCUACAAACCCGUCUUCUGCCAGUUGGCUCAGGAUGAGGGAAGUCCGGUCCGGGGUUUUGCUGUAGUGGAGUAUGAAACAGCAGAGCAGGCUGAAGCUGUGCUGCUGGAGAUGGACAGACAGCUUAUCCAGGGUCAGGAGAUCCGUCUGUCUCUGUGUCCUCCAGGAACUUCUGGACGCAGCACACUCGCCGCCCUCAUCGCUGCUCAGGGAGUGAUGUUGAGCAAUAAGAAAGGUUUGCUGCCAGAACCCAAUCUGGCCCAGUUCCUCAACAGUAUGACCAAUCCUGCUGCUCUCCAGGUCCUCAUGAGACCCUACCCCACAGCCAAACGAGGAGGGAAGUUUGGUCGACCUCACAAUCUUCCUUUCCUGCGUCCUCCAUUGACUGCAGCGCUGCUACAGUUAGGGAAAGCACAGCAGAGUGCCAUUCUAGGAAACGGCCUUGUUCUACAGAAUCUUCUUCACAUGCAGAUGGCCCAACAACAGCUUUUACAGAUCAAAGACAAGCAGAUCUCUAAUGUGCCGGGUCUUUUAGGUGACCCCUCCCGGCUGCUCCUCCAGAAAGUUCUGGGUUUACGAAAUCCGGCGACAGUUCCUUUGGGAAAGGGCUUGCUGGGAGAUUCCCCCACAGAGUUGGGACAAGACUCUUCUCUAGUCACUUCUCACGGUGUAAACUCUGGGAUGGUGUCACAUUUACCGGGACGUUCCCUCGCUGAGCAGAAUGGAGUCGCGUUGACGUGCCUGGCUCCAGAGAAACAGCCUGCUCCACCGGGAACCACAGGGGGAUCUCUAAGCUCCCAAACACAGCUGCAAAACUUCCUUCCUGGGAUUAACACUUCAAGUCUUGGAUCUUUACUGGGGAGCGCAGCGCACAAAACUCCAGCCAAUCAUCACAGCGCAAGUGUGCAGACUAGUACUUCCGUUACGAGUCAGUCCGGCUGUCAGACGUCUCUGCUGGGAGACCCUCCUAAAGAAGUGAAGUUGCCUUCCAACCCUUAUCUAAACCUGGCUAGUGUGCUUCCUGGAGUGGUACUACAAGCUCCCUGUAACAGUAAACCUCAGACGGUGCAGGCUCACCCAGGGACUUACAGCGCGGUCCUACCACCCGCCACCCAAACGCACACUCAAUACAACGCAGAGAGCGCUCCUGCAGAAUACACUCAGCAGUACACUCAGCAAUACACACAGGAGGCCAUGCAGCAGUGGUACCAACACUACCAAGCACAGACCUACGGCAACACUAGUCAAGAUACGACAGCAGUUACUGACUGCGCGAAAGAGCAACCUCAGGUGGUGGUCACCUCCUCAUACGGAGACUACAGCUCCUACAUGCACGCUGUCAGUCAGUACUAUUCUCAGACGCAGAUGAACCAGACAGCUGCUCAAGUCUACCAGCACCGAGAUGUCAGCAAGGAGGUGGAGGUGGUGAAGACCCCCUUGAGUGCUCCUCUGCAAACCUCUCUAAAUGGCAGCGCUCAGACCUUGUUGCCCACCUACAGUGCCCUUCCCAUCAUGCCCGGCUUCAUCACACCAACACACACACAUGCAGCCAGCCCUGCCACACACACACCUGCUGCACCCGCAGCCACCGACUGGAACAACUACUAUUAUAGUCAGGCUAGAGGGCAGAAGCGAGAAUACCCCACACUGCCCACGCAGGAAGUGACAUCCGAGGGGCCGUACGUAGGCCAACACUCGCAGGGUCUCGGAGGCCAGUACGCCGACUACUUCAAGAAGAAGAGAAUCUAAGUGAAAACUCGCUCGCUGUACGUCGCCAUUGUUGUCGUGUCCAGGCCUUAACUUGUAGUCUAUAACUGAUAUUUAUGAAAAGAUUGUACAUUGCAUUGUGCGUAUAUGGAGGGUUAUUCUCCGUCUUGAAGCGUAUGUGGAUCUGUUGUUGUUUCUGUCCCACACCAGGCAGGAACUCUCUAGCUUCUGUCCCAAAUGACGCGAUAAUUGAUAGUUUCUGUUUUGCCUUUAUAUGAACCAUUCCACUCUAGAGGGGCGGGGGGGUCUGUGUUCGUGUGUUACUGUACAAACGGUUAAGGGCUGAUAAAGAUAGAGCUACACUCAGAGAAAUAACCAUUUACAAAAAAAAAAAAAAGAGAGAGAGA